AGUUUCUUCGACGAGAAUCUCUUGAGAGCACGUAAAAUUUAUUUUGUGUCUCGCCGUGAAUAGUGGCGUUUAGUUUGUAUGUUUUGUGUGGAAGAAGGUCCAUUUCCGAGUGAUAUGUGUUUGCUAGUGACCAGUUUGUGCUCCAAAAAUUCAAUCAAAGUGUUGUGAAAUGUAGGAAAAUUUUUUGCAAGUUGAAAAUCAAAGUUAGGGACUGUUGCUUUUUUGUCCUCCUCCCUGAUUGUUUUUGUUGUGCACCACCCGAAAGAAAAUUGCAGAAAAGUCACAAAUUCUGCACGGGAAACUCCUCCAGUUGGAUGACAUUAAGGUUUUGGGACUCUUGAUCAAGUGCCAGUGAAGUUUCUUCAGUGAUUUUCCAUAGUAUCUGAGUCACAAAUUCCGUUUUAUCUUGAUGAACAAAAGUGAUCUUCAUGACCAACAUUUGAGGACUAAUUGGAGAUUAAUUGGCCGGAAGAGCAGAAUCAUUCUGAAUUGUGAAAUUCCUGGAUGGAGGACAAGUGGAGGUGCAGUUGGGGAAUUGCUGAAUGUUUGAGGAGAGAUGUUUCGUUAGAAAAUUUUCACGUACGGCGAAAGUGACAAAAUUUUUGAUAAAAAUUUUUGAUCAGAAAAACAUUUUUGGAGAAGAGGCGAAAGUGAAAAUUAAAUCGUAUGGAAUGUUGAUGUGUCAUUCGGAUGGAUCAUUUGUGUGAAACUUUCUCUGUGAUCCAUCGUAUUACUUUUUCGUUACUCUAUUAUUUGCAUUUUUCCACCAAUUGAACUGUUUUUUUUGUGAAUUUGUGUGUGUUUUUUUUUAUCUGUGUUCUAUGUCUCGCCGAAGAAUUGUGGCAACAAUCUAACAAAAAAAAGUGAUUAUUUUGACUGGGUGAAAAGUGCGCGGGAAAAUUUUGUGAUAAACAAUUGGAAUUCCAGCAAAAUGAAUAGAAGCUGCUAAAAUAUUGCUCAGUGAUUUUGUGAGCAAUUGGCACACCUGAAUUUAUUGUAUAACUCCCAAGUUGUGAGCGCACAAAAGCAUGAAUUUAUAUGGGUGACAAUAGAUCUAAUUGUUAAUUGAAACAAUUACUCACCUCUUGUCAUUUGCUUUUUUUUUUGAAUUUUUAUCAAAACAACCGUCAACAACAUUGUUAAUUUUAGUUACUCCCCUUCUCCAUGUGGCAUCAGUCCACAAAACUAACAAUCAGUGCUUUUUUAAAAGUUAGUUGUCCCCCCAAAAAGGCGGGAGACUAAAGUGUGACUACAACAAAAAAGAAGAAAUUGUGUGAUUACACGAAAAAUAUAAUUUAAAAUAUAUUUUUCUGUUUGAUUGUUAUGAAACAUACAAGUGGAAAUUUUGCGAGAAUGUUUCGCGGAAAAUUGCGUAUGAACACCUGUCGAAUCAUCUUGCUCACGUCUCUCGUGUGGCUGCUGAUUGAUGUGGCGCUCAUAAUGCACUACAUGGACCUUCACGGUAAUUGGAAUACCGGUGGACGAAGAUCCGAUCAUGGAGAUUUGGAGAUGACAAGAUUGGCAGAGAAGAGAAUUGAUGAGGAUCCAAUUGUUGGAGAUGAGGAAAUUGACACGAAUAAUAAUAUGGACGUGGGAUUUGGGAAUACCGUGCCAAGAACAUAUCGUCCGGAAGACUUGAAAAAGUGGCGACCAGCACCAACUGUGAUGGAAAAAUAUGGUUAUCCUGGGGAAAUGGGAAAACCAGUGAAGAUUCCCGAUGAGCAGCAGGCGCUCAUGAAGGAGAAAUUCAAAGAGAAUCAGUUCAAUCUCAUGGCCAGUGACAUGAUUUCUCUCAACAGAUCCCUCACGGAUGUGCGACAUGAAAAGUGUCGAUCAAAGCACUAUCCAGCCAAACUGCCAACCACCUCAAUAGUCAUUGUCUUUCACAAUGAAGCCUGGACGACGCUCCUUCGAACAGUUUGGAGUGCAAUCAAUAGGUCUCCCAGGCCACUUCUCAAAGAGAUCAUCCUGGUGGAUGAUGCCAGUGAGAAGGAGCAUUUGGGCAGAAAGUUGGAAGAGUAUGUGGCUACUCUUCCUGUCCAUACAUUUGUCCUGCGAACGGGACAACGCUCUGGACUGAUCAGAGCUCGACUCUUGGGUGCCAAGCAUGUCAAGGGGCAAAUCAUCACAUUCCUCGAUGCCCACUGUGAAUGCACUGAGGGCUGGCUGGAGCCCCUUCUGGCCAGAAUUGUCAUGAAUAGGAAGACAGUGGUGUGUCCGAUUAUUGAUGUGAUUAGUGACGAUACUUUCGAGUACGUCACAGCUUCCGAUCAGACUUGGGGAGGGUUCAACUGGAAGCUGAACUUCCGAUGGUAUCGAGUGCCAAAUAGGGAGAUGGAGAGACGGAAUCACGACCGAACGGCUCCAUUGAGGACUCCCACAAUGGCCGGCGGAUUGUUUGCCAUUGACAGGGAUUAUUUCUACGAAAUAGGAAGCUACGACGAGGGAAUGGAUAUUUGGGGUGGGGAAAAUCUCGAAAUGUCCUUCAGGGUGUGGAUGUGCGGUGGAAUAUUAGAAAUAGCUCCAUGCUCUCGAGUGGGCCACGUCUUCCGGAAAUCAACGCCAUACUCAUUUCCGGGUGGCACAACGCAAAUUGUUAACCACAAUAAUGCCCGUUUGGUGGAAGUGUGGCUCGACGAAUGGAGUGACUUCUAUUACAGCUUUAACCCAGGGGCGAGAAAAGCUUCGGCUGGCGAUGUGAGUGCAAGAAGAGCUCUCCGGGAGAAGCUUCAUUGCAAGAGUUUUCGAUGGUAUCUCGAAAACAUUUAUCCAGAGAGUCAAAUGCCGCUGGAUUACUACUAUUUGGGUGAUAUCCGAAAUGUGGAGACUGACAAUUGUCUGGACACGAUGGGCAGGAAGUCUGGGGAGAAGAUUGGUUCCAGCUACUGUCACGGAUUGGGCGGCAAUCAAGUGUUUGCCUACACAAAACGCCAUCAGAUUAUGUCUGAUGACAAUUGCUUGGACGCUGCCCAUGCCAUGGGCCCAGUGAAUCUUGUGCGCUGCCACGGGAUGCAGGGCAAUCAGGAGUGGGUCUAUGAUGACUUGGAUUUGACGAUAAAACACGUGAAUUCGGGUAACUGCCUGACAAGGCCGACCAGAGAGGAUCCUUCGACUCCUCUGCUGCGUCCCUGCAACUUAUCCAGAGGGCAGCAGUGGAAGAUGGCUGCACAGUUCAAGUGGCAGGCCAAUGGACAUGAUCAUGAAAUGGACAAUGACAUUGAGAGAACAUAAGACUCUGUUUGAGCGUUUUAGAGAGAGAGAGAGAGCCCUUCUCUAGUCUUAAGGGAAGCAUAAGACCUUUCUGGAGUUUCCCCAGAGAGGAGGAAAAUGACGAGAAAAAUCACCCAAAGUGAUUGUGUGAUUUGUGUGACUGUGUAGUUCUUUUUUUUGCUUGGACAUUAUUAUUUUUUUUAAAAGAUAAUUUUACAGGAAAACGUUUUGUGGUAAAUAAAAAAAAGCUCGCGGAAAAGGAUGGAAAAGCACAAGAUCAGGUGCUUGAAAGGCAAGCGCAAAAGUGAUUUUUUUUAGCAAUGAAAAUUGCACAAAAAGGACAAAAGCAGUAUGUAAAUUUUAUAAUUAAAAUUUAAAGAAUAAUUAAAUGUAAAAGCUCUGCAAUGUAAAUUCCAUUUUAGAACAAAGAAAAAAAGCUUAAAAAAAAACAAGAUCAAAGAAUCACGCAGGAAAUUGAAAAAAAAAAGAAAACCCUGGGCACAAAAAGCUAUUAAAAUAAAUAAUUUGUAGAACAAAUAAAAUUAUUUUAAUUAAAAUCGAAAUAAUCAAUGUAUAGGUAGAUUUUAUUUUAAAAAAAUGAACGAAAUAUUUAAAGAAAUUUUUGUUUUUUAUUUUUCUUCACAAAAAAAAAUAACCAAGAAAUUAAAUUCUCUGUGUAAUCACUAGAAUAAUAUUCCCUUCUAAAAAAAAUACAAAAAACAAAACUACUUUUGUAAAUAAUUCCCCGAUAGUUCUUAAGGAGUAAAGAAAAAUUAAUAUUAAAAAAAAAUCAAGUAAAAUUGUGAAAAUAAAUGCCAGAAUUGUCUGAGUGUCUAAAGAAAAAGUCUACUUAUAGGAAACCCUAUCAAAAAAAGAAUCACAAAGAAAAUGCAAAGAAUUUUCGUUAUCUUUUUAAUUUAAAAAAAAAAUAAGAAAUUAAAAAAAAAACUGAGACAUUUUAUUGAAUUUGAAUAAAAAGAAAAAAAAAUGUAGAUGAGAAAUUUGUAGAAGAAACAAGCAUAUCGAUUUUAUAAUUGAUCGUGAAUUGAUGAAAAACAAAUAAACAACUAAAAUAUGGUGCAAUAUUUCGUGUGGGAAAAUGCAGAAGAUAAAAAAAAAGUGCAAACUUAUGCACUGGAAGCACGAAUGAAAAUAUCAUUUAAAUGUGAGAGAGAGACAGGAAUUAUUUGUUUAAUGCUGCAUGCGAGAAAUUUAUUAAAAAAAAACAAACAAAAAAC